UAAAAAUCGAAGAAUUCAAUUUUAGAGCCUCACAAAACAAUGCGUAUGAAUAUUUUGACGUGAAAUUUAGAAUAGACGUUAGUAACGGUGCUACCAAUUUACAUUAAGAUACAUUAAACUAAAAUUUUGUUCACAAUAGUAUUGUAAAAUCUAAAGCCGCAGGUUACAGUAUGUCUGUGGGUGAUAUAAAAAUUCUGUUUUCAGAUUUGACUUCAGGGUAUCAAACUGCAUUAGAAAUACCUAAGAAUUUUCGUGUCACAAGUGUCUACCAGUGUAAUCGGCUCAAUAGCAUAAAUCUUGUGAUUAGGUGUCGGUCAAAACAUAGUAUAAAGUAAAAAGGACUAAAUAUGAACCUGUGAAGUAUGGAUAAAUAAAUAUAAAGACAUGGGUACCGCCACAUUCACGAGUGGUUUUUUUGGGAGCCGGCUCCUUCCGGUUGUGUUUCUCAUACCCAGAUAUAGUUUAAGCUUAUUUGAUAUACACUUAAUACUAUUUUUUUCAUAGGAUAACCCAAUGGAAAAAAACUCAGACAUUUCCUUCUCUCGAAAGAUUCGUACACAGUUACAAUCGGAGAUGUCCAACAAAAAGUCUACGCUUUUAGAACGCAUCAUAAAGGACCUUAAUAUGCAUUAUUAUUCGCCAGGUAAUGCUUCAGAAUAUUUUCAGGAUGAUACAUUUUUCAAAGGUGGCACCGAAUCAGAAAAUAUAUCAGAGGCGGAGGAUUUAUUCUCUGAUGAAGCUACCAAAUUUGCAUUGCCAUCGAGCGUCUCUGCUGUAUACAAUAUUAAUGCGGGAAAAAGAAUUGAUCCUUUUGGGAUUAGUGAACAAUCUGCGACGAAAAUUCAAGGGUGGGAUGGACAGAACAACCCGGAAGUUACAAGUGAUCCCGUGGGCUUGUAUGACUACUUUUAUAUCUAUUAAUGAAGCAAGAGGUAUGCAUUCAGUGAGUAACUAACGCACAUCAUAGUACAUUAGGAACAUUAAAAUUAAUCUCUGUACGGUAAAUGAAACCUAUUGCACAGCUCACUUGAGUAUAAAGGACAACUUGAUUACAUCAAAAACAAUACCUACAUAGAAAUAUAAGUAUAUUCUACAUUCAAUCACCAGGAAAAUAGCAGUUGAUCAUCGUUUAUAUUCGAGGAAGUAUACGGACCUGUGUGAUAUAUCAAAUUAACAUUUUAAAAAGUAAAGAUUAUGCCAUAGCGCAAAACCUACAAGGAUCCUUGGACUUAACCAUCACAUAUGCCUACAUAUACAUAUAUGUAUGUCAUUUCAGAGCUCAGAGCUAAUGUAUACAUACAUAUGACAGAACAAAGGUAAUAGAAUUGAAAAUUUGCAAAGAGUUUACGAUGGCAACAACCAAUAUGAUAAGAAUGGCCCGUCCUAUAACCGUUUCCAGAACGAGCUAGAAUCCAAUAUGAUGCGAUACAUAUACACAAAACUUUCAUACCUAUAUAUGUAUAUUAGCUCAUUAUCAAUUAAACCAAAGAUAACACUUUUUUAUGAUUUGGAUAACUGCAUAUCAAUCUUUUUCUAGCCACUGUAGGCAUAUCAGAGUCAUCAUAAUAAUACGUAUAACACUAUAAUGUUUAAUUAAAAUUUUUUUUUUUUGAAAUCUUGGCAAUAUAAUAACUUAGGUGUAUUUUAUCUACGUAUAUACAUACUUACAUAUUAUAUAUGUAGAUGCAGUUUUGCAUGAGUGUAUUCGAAAUAAUCACUUCACAGUUAUAUGGUUAAAUAUUAAUUAUUGAUUUCGUAGUUUUUCAUUGUUUCAUCAACGGUUCGGUGAUUGGUGAUUAUCGCAUUGACAAUACUAGCAACGACAAUGUUUAGACGCAUGAUAUAGAACACUACUAAACAAAUAAAUAACUAAAACUAUAUAUAUAAAUUAACGUUUAUAACCAAUUCAUUCAAUUUGAUUGUGAAAUGCGACACGAGACAAUAAUUCAAUGUAAAUGAGAACAAUAAGAUAAUUCAGCUGUCAAUUCUAAAUUUAAAAGAUAAAGAACAUAAGCAGAUAUGUAUAUAUAAAAGAUAUUAUUAUAGAUAUA